AUGGACUCCAGUGGACCUGUAGGACCAGGGUGCAGGGGUGGGGCCCUGAGUGCCCGCCCAGAGUGCUCACCCCACCCCUCAGACAGCACCCAACUGGUGCAGGAAUGCCUGAAGCAGUUUGAGGUGACCGAGGCACAGCUUCGGCAGAUCCAGGCCAGCCUCCUGGGCUCCAUGGAGCAGGCGCUACUGGGGCAGAAUGGCCCCGCCCCUGCUGUCCGAAUGCUGCCGGCAUACGUGGGCUCCACCCCGCAUGGCACCGAGCAGGGAGACUUCGUGGUGUUGGAGCUUGGGGCCACAGGGGCCUCCUUACGUGUUCUGUGGGUGACUCUGACGGGCACUGAGGGCAGCAGGGUGGAGCCCAGGAGCCGGGAGUUUGUGAUCCCCCCGGACGUGAUGCUAGGCCCCGGACAGCAGCUCUUCGAUUUCGCCGCCCGCUGCUUGGCCGAGUUCCUGGAGGCACUCCCGGUGCACAGCCGGACUUUGCCGCUCGGGUUCAACUUCUCCUUCCCUUGUCACCAGACGGGCCUGGACCAGAGCACCCUCAUUUCCUGGACCAAAGGCUUUAAGUGCAGUGACGUGGAAGGCCAGGAUGUGGUCCGGCUGCUGAGAGAGGCCCUCAAGAGGCAGGGGGUCACCAGCCUCAGCGUGGUUGCCGUGGUGAACGACACGGUGGGCACCAUGAUGGGCUGUGACCCAGGACUUGGGCCCUGUGAGGUCGGCCUCGUCGUAGACACGGGCACCAACGCCUGCUACAUGGAGGAGGCGCGGCACGUGGCGGCGCUGGAUGAGGACCGGGGCCGCGUCUGCGUCAGUGUUGAGUGGGGUUCCUUCGGAGACGACAGAGCCCUGGGGCUGGUGCUGACCCCCUUCGACCAUGCCCUGGACCUGGAGUCCCUGAAUCCUGGUGCUCAGAGGUUUGAGAAGCUGAUUGGGGGCCUGUACCUGGGCGAGCUGGUGCGGCUGGUACUGGCUCACCUGGCCCAGCAUGGCCUCCUCUUUGGGGGCUGCACACCCCCUGCCCUGCUGAGCCGUGGCACCCUGGGACUGGAGCAUGUGGCUGAGCUGCAGGACCCUUCAGCCGGGACUGCCAGAGUCCUCACUGUCCUGCAGAGCCUGGGCCUGAGCCCAGGGGCCUCGGAUGUGGGGCUGGUGCAGAGUGUCUGCAUGGCCGUGUCCACUCGAGCUGCCCGCCUAUGUGCCACCGCCCUGGCCGCUGUCUUGGGCCGCCUCCAGCACAGCCGGGAGCAGCAGGCUCUCCAACUCUCCGUGGCCACCGGAGGCCGGGUGUUGGCACGACUCCCCAGGUUUCGCAGCCUCCUGCAGGAGACAGUGAUGCUCCUGGCCCCAGAGUGCAGUGUCACUUUCAUUCCCUCAGAGGAUGGGGGUGGCCGGGGUGUGGCCGUGGUGACCGCAGUGGCCGCCCGCCUGGCAGCCCACCGGUGCCUACUGGAGGAGACGCUGGCACCCUUUCGGCUGGACCAGGAGCAGCUGGUGGUAGUGCAGGCCCAGAUGCGGGAGGCCAUGGCCCAGGGGCUCCGUGGGGAGGCCUCCUCCCUGCGCAUGCUGCCCACCUACGUCCGCGCCACACCUGACGGCAGUGAGCGUGGGGACUUCUUAGCCCUGGACCUCGGGGGCACCCACUUCCGGGUCCUCUUGGUGCGGGUGGCCGCUGGAGGUGUGCAGAUCACCAGCCAGGUCUACGCCAUCCCUGAGCAAGUGGCCCAGGGCACUGGACGGCAGCUCUUCGACCACAUUGUGGACUGCAUCGUGGACUUCCAGCAGAGGCAGGGCCUGAGUGGGCAGAGCCUGCCCCUGGGCUUCACCUUCUCCUUCCCGUGCAGGCAGCUGGGCCUGGACCAGGGCAUCCUCCUGACGUGGACCAAGGGUUUCAAUGCCUCAGACUGUGAGGGCCAGGAUGUUGUGACUCUGCUGCGGGAAGCCAUCGGGAGAAGACAGGCAGUGGAGCUGAAUGUGGUUGCCAUUGUCAAUGACACGGUGGGUACCAUGAUGUCCUGUGGCUAUGAAGACCACCGUUGCGAGGUUGGCCUCAUUGUCGGAACGGGCACCAACGCCUGCUACAUGGAGGAGCUUCAGAACGUGGCAGGCGUGCCUGGGGACUCUGGCCGAAUGUGCAUCAACAUGGAGUGGGGCGCCUUUGGGGAUGAUGGCAGGCUGAGUGUGCCCAGCACCUGCUUCGAUGCCAGUGUGGACAGAGCAUCCAUCAACCCCGGCAAGCAGAGGUUUGAGAAGCUGAUCAGUGGCAUGUACCUGGGGGAGAUCGUUCGCCACAUCCUGUUGCACCUGAACAGCCUGGGUGUGCUCUUCCGGGGCCAGCAGACCCAGCGCCUGCAGAGCAGGGACAUCUUCAAGACCAAGUUCCUAUCCGAGAUUGAAAGCGACAGCCUGGCCUUGCGGCAGGUCCGAGCCAUCCUGGAAGACCUGGGGUUGCCCCUGACUUCGGACGAUGCCCUGGUGGUCCGAGAGGUGUGCCAAGCCGUGUCCCGGCGCGCUGCCCAGCUCUGCGGGGCAGGCGUGGCCGCUGUGGUGGAGAAGAUCCGUGAGAAUAGGGGCCUGGAGGAGCUGGCGGUGACCGUGGGUGUGGACGGGACCCUCUACAAGCUGCACCCCCACUUUUCCAGCCUCGUGGCAGACACAGUGCGUGCGCUGGCCCCCCGCUGUGCCGUCACCUUCCUGCAGUCAGAGGAUGGUUCCGGCAAAGGGGCGGCCCUUGUAACCGCCGUCGCCUGCCGCCUCGCCCAGAUGGCCCGCGUCUGAGAUCUGCUCCACCUCUGCGCUUGCAGAGGAGCUAGGUGGAUCCGGCACCAGAACCGCCCCGUGUCAGCCCUUGGGCUUCCCCCAAGAGGUAGCACUUGGGUUAGCAAUAUAUAUAUAUAAUUUAUUUACA